UAGAUGAAAAGUAAAACAAGUCUAUUUAAUCAAAAAGAGGGGGGCUUUAAAGGAGUUUAAGUACAAGAGAUAAAGACAAAAAUGCAAAUAAAAGUAAAAAUACAAGCAAAUAAAAAUAAAAUAUGCUUUCUAUUGUCUAAGAACUAACUCAACAAGUUAUAAUCUUUGUUCAAGGUAGAUUUCUCACCAAUCGUUCUUCUUUCCAGCCAGGGAUGACUUUGUCAAAGUCAGGACCUUCCAUAACAGUACAAGGUGCUGGUUUCCCUAGUCUUCCUAGGUGAAAGAUAACCAAAAUCUUUGUGUCCCUCAUAUCUCUGAGUUCAUUGACCGAGUUUCAAGAGGCAGAGUGACCUCAUGUUGUUCUUCCCUUCCUGUGGAUUUCCCAUCUCAAUGCUGAUUCAUAUGUGAAUAGGGCUUCCAUUGUUUUGAUUCCAUAAUACUUAAUUUAUAUUGUCUGGGAGAGAACCUUUUUCUCCCUUUGUUUGGUCGCAGACUUUAAAAUAUAAUUUCAGUGAGUAUCCAUAAUUCCUCAUAUAGUGUUAAUACAUACAUUUUACAAUUAUAUUAAUCACCAUUAGUGUCAUUAGCUUUCAUAAAAGACUUUACAUGAUACACUGUUAUAAUACAGUAAUAUUGUAUACAAUCAAUUCAAUUAUUUAUCCUUUGAGGUUCAGACCCCAUCUUUAUAGUUGAGGCUUUCUCUCCCACUCACAAGGUUAAUGGCUUUGUUUCCAUUUUAUGUAAAUAUGCCUUCAUUGUCUCUGCCUGACAACCGAGCUAGUCAGCCAAGCAAAUACAUUCCAUUGUCUAGGGCAGAGUGGGUUUAUGAAUUGCUUGCCAAACACAUUCUAAAAUAUAAGUCUAGCAGCUAUCCAUAACUCUUUGUACAUAACCCAUACAUACAUCACAUGAGAAUACUAAUGAUCGGUGAAUUAUUAAUUUUCCAGUUAUAUCUUACACGAUACCUUUUAGAUACAGACUAUAACAAGUGUGUUAGCUGUAGUGAGUAUGUGAGGCCAGAUGAGCUGCUGACACAAAGUGGUGAACCAUCAAGGGGUCUCUGUUACAAUGAUUAAAUAUUGGAUGCUUUUUAUAGUCUUAGGAGGAUUAUAUAAACACAACAUAUUUUGUCUAUUACUAAGCAUACUAUUAAUCUUCUUUAGGAAAAAUGCAAACAAAUCCCCCCUUUGGAGCCUAUCAAGCUCUUUUGGAUAGUAGCUAGUAGUAAUUGCAAAUUUAGUUACUUUUUUUGAAAGAUUAUAUCAUAUAAAAGGCAAUGGGACAAACUCUGCCCGUAGAUACGAUAUAUCUGUCAACUUUUAAAAAAAAUGCAGCAGCCAAAGAGCCCUCCUCCCCAUCCAAAGCCAGGAAAAUUAUCUGGGCAAGACUCUCAGCCCUAGCUGCACAGUUGCAUAUAUUAAUUAAUAUGCUAUAUAAAGGUGCUACUACGUCUUUAUACAUUAUUUUUCCAGGAUAGUAGCCAAAGUAUUUAGCUUUGCCCUGUUCUCCCAUAUUUCCUCAGGCCACACACACACAUCCACUCCCACUCCCCCAAAAAUAUUUUAUGGAUCCUCUGCAUAGGAACAUUUUUGGGGUGUCAGUUGUUAUGAUGGCUUGCGAAGUAGAAAAGUUCAGUUUGUGCACAGAACUUUGAGAUAGAUUUUGUAAUAGAUUGUUCUGCUUUUUGGCAUGGAAGCUAUAGGAGCAAGUUGGCUUUUUUUAAAGCACUGUGCCUCUUAUACUAUGCAAAGAUGGAUAUUGCAACAAUAUUAAGUAGGCAGGGGAUGCAAAACCAAUUGAAGUAUCGCUCAAUGUUCCUGAACUUACUUUCAGUAAAAUUAUGUGAAUAUUUAAACCAGAAGUUUAUUACAAAUGCCUGACUGAAAACGCGAGUUGAAGAGCUACACUAACGUUCUUCUGGAAAUCUGUAUCAGAGGCUUCAGGGCUGAAUACUGAAACACUCUGACUGCUGUAAUAAUGCAUCGCUGCCCUUAAUUCUUCACUGUAGAAUCAAUCCACUGUUGGCUGCAGACACAAUAGAAAGAAACUGAUGGAUUUCAGUAUACUUGGAUGAUAAAUCAUUCAUCCAGAGAAACAGCUAGACGCUCCAUGUCUUAAGUAAUAAGAAGUGUUGGGAACUUACAUCCCCAGCAGCAAGUGACAUCAAAUGCUAACCAAUCAUGGAAAAACAUAUCUUUAUUCUUUGGUACCUUUCCUACAAAAAUGAGCAUUGCUCAAAGAGAACAAAAAGUUUUGGUCAGCCAGAAUAUAGGAGAGAGGGAAAAUCUAACAUUCCAUUCCAAUAGAGAAACUUAAUUCUUGGCAAGCCAAUAAACUAGCAUGAAUUUGAAGGCCACAGUUUAUCUACUGUUUGUAGAAUUUAUAUUAGACUGUUAUGGCCAAAUCCUUUUCUAUCUCUUGCUAGCUUAACUAUCAAACUUUUUCCAGUUUACAUCACACUUUGCCUGCACUGCUAUCUGGACAUUUACUGUCUUGCUCUCAGCGAGAUAUGUAGUUUGAGCACAACAGUGGGAGCCAGAGACUCGUCACUUCUCUGACAGCUGUCAUGCUAGUUUCCACCUUGGCCUUGAAUGAGGGAGAGAGGUGGAGUGACUUAAUUUCCCCACCCAUUUCUGGCUGGCCAUAAAACAUGAAUUCUGUUUCAUGCACAAAUAAGCUGAGGUUUAAAAGUUUGUUUGCUCUGAUGCAGAGUGAAAAUGAGACUUUGAAUCUUUUCAUGAAAAAAUGAGUAAGCGAGCUCCUGUCCCAGAAUAGCUAAUAGUGCAGGGGGUAGGGCAAUAAACUGGCAUGUAGGGGACUGAUAUUCAAGUCCCUGUUCUGCCUGAGUCAGUGCUCUAGAGUGAGUCAGUCUCUCUCUGGCCCAAUGUAUAUUUAAUUAUUUAUACACAGUGGAAUGGCUUCAAUAUGAGAGACUAAAAAAGAACAAAAGGCUGAAGGCGGUUAGGUACUCACAUAGGAUGUGAGAGACUCAAGCUAAAGUCCUAGCUCUGAAUUGAGCACAGCAGGACCUUUCACCUGGGUCUCACACAUACCAGGUGAGUUCCCUAACCACUGAUCUUUUGGCUAUUUGGGGGUGGCAUUCUCUCCCUCUCUAACUUUGACCAGAAAUUCCAUUCUGGACCUGAAAAACCUUCAUCAAACUUGAAACUUUUCUUGGGAAGUGGCAUUUUCUGGAAAAAAAAAUCAACAAUUUCCUGAUCAGCUCUAGAUAAUACUGAUCUUGCUACUUCACAGGGCAUUAUGAAAAAGAGAAUUAAUGGUUGUAAAAUAUUUUGAAGAGUAAAAGUGCUACAUAUGAUGAUCUCUUAUUUUGUACUUGGUCUUUCCUGAGCAGACUAUGGAGCAUCAUUUUCUUCAGAGGUGGAGACAAGAACCCAUUUCAAAUAAUUUUUCAAGGCCUAUAACUCUCAAAUUUGAAGUACAAUUGUCAGGAAGAGAAUCUCACUCUGUACUCCCAGCUAAUCAUUAUUUUGCCUUUGACUAAGUCCAAGGCUGCAAGAGCUCCACAUUCCCCAAACUGACAAUUAAUUAAUAUCAGUUCAGCUAAUUCAUAGAGUUUAAGAUGACUGAUUAGCUAAUCUGAUCUCCUGUAUGACACAAGUCAUUCAAAUGGCAGCUUGCCCCUGCUUCUGUAUAUUACUUAUUUACAAAAGAGGAGGGAGAAUGGCAAAGAAAUUUGAGCCAGGACCUCUCAACAUCAAGUCCUUCAGUUUUUGAUGAGCCCAAAUGGCACCACCAGACUUCAACUACCACGUGGCUAGAAAGGGCUGAUUAUGUACCUCUGUAAUAGGGGGCUUGAAGGGCCAGUUGGCCUAGUGGUUGGAGUGCUUGACUUCCUGCUGCCUACUUCUGUGCUCAAGGUGCUUCAGUCUUUAAAGCAAGGGGUCGGGGAAUCCAGGCGUUCCUACUCCACUGGGCCCCAGCUCAGGGCACUGUGUAAAUCAACUCCUGAGUUGGGGAGCUCCCAGCAGGGAGUCUACGUUCACUGCCCUGGGCUACUUCCUACUGUUGCCCCUUCAGUUUGCAGCAUGGCCCCUAUAGUCCAAGUUCCUGGCUUGUCUCUAGGAGUGGCCCCUUUUGCACCCUAGGCAGCAUCCUGCUGUGAUUCCAGGUUCCUCUGGGUGGGAGAGCCAUAAAUUUGGUGGGUCAUUACCCCCACAAGGUCUCCACGCUUCUAGAUCUCUUUCUCUGUCUCUUUUGUCUAGAAAGAUAAUGCUUGGUUCCUAGUGGCUGCCUCUGCUGGCAGGCUAGUGAGCCUUCCUUCAGGUAGAGAAGCAGCUAGAUUCUGCCUCUUCAGCAGUCAGCCACAAACUGAGCCAGGCUCUGGUCUUUUCUCUCCCCUCCAGGCCUGACAUUUGCUGCUGGUAUAAUAGGGAGGGGCUAGCUGGGUCCAAAAGCUCUUUUUAACCUCGUCUGUGCUGUUGGGCCAAUUUUACAGCCAGAAGCAAACUACCUUGCCACGGUGAACUGGGCAAGACUCUGCCCCUCUCAUAUUCCUAUUUGUAGUGGAAUGGACUUGGAGAUUUAGGAACAUACUAAAAUACAGUAACACUUAUUUUGGCCCAUUUCUACCUCUAACAUGAUGGUGGCUCCUACCUUGAACAUUUUAGAUUGACAACUGGACCACUGCUGCUGCAAUGUUGCUCUGUGACUACUAGCCAUGAUUUUUGGAUGCUUCUUGUAUCUCAAAGGAUUUAUCAGAUACUGGCUGUCUGAACUGACCUAGCAGCGAUAAACUAUUCAGUAACUAAUGCCCGCUGGGCAUUACAUGACCAAAAUGCAUGCUUCCAUCCAUGUAUAGAAUGAGAUCAAUGGUGAUUUUAUACUAACCCAUUUCUGCCUGCCCAUAAAGAAUGUACUUAUCAUCAAUCAAGUACACUCAGAUGCAGUCUGACUCCAUUCUCUCUUUUCACACAUUGAUGGGGGGAAAUUAAUGUCUUCAUUGCGCCUGCCUAUAUACUACUUAUCAGCUCUGAUAAGUCAUAGUCAUAGCACACUUUGCUAAUCUACUUUUAUCUAUGUGCUACAAAGAAAUAAUAUAAAUGAUUAAUCUUCUAUGCUCUUUGAUGAAUCCUUCAUGUACAGAGGUGUUUGUCAGACAUAGCUAGGUUAUGCAUAUGUUUCCUAUAAUCAUCUUCACCUUAAUGGUUAUCCUGGUGAUCAGUAAAUGUGCUUUAAAAAUCAUACAAUCCAAUAAUACCACAGUGAUGGACAUGGCAUAAAUUCCUACAUAGACACUUCGCCACAAUCACACAAUAUUACUAUUUUAAACUGUAAUGUUUUGGACUAUUGCAGCAUUUUUAAGGAUUGUUCCAUUAUACUCUACUAUUUGACCUUCAUACAAAGUGUUAGUGAGCAGUAGUUUCUAAGUACAUCCAUUCUGACAUCUCAAAGGGACUUAAGUAACACAACCUGUCAUUUCUUCUACUGCUUUCACUGCACAAAUGUUAAUAUACUAAUAGAUACAAGGAAGGAUAAAAAUGCAGGUAGUGCCAAUGUUUUAAUUUUAUCAUAGAAGUGCUUCAUUUGCAAAAAGAACAUUACUUCCAACAUUGCACAGGCUAGUUAUUUAAAUGCAUCCAGAGUAUGCCAGAGCAAAGGUUCAAAUAACUUGUGAGUGGGCAUUCUGCCAGCCUAAAGAUAGGAAUGGGUGGAGACAGUGAAAAGACCAUGUAUGUGUAUAGAGAUAGAGGUGAGCAAGUCAACAAAAGCUUUGCUCAUGUUAAGUACUUAAGAGUCUCUGGUCCUGACUGAGGACAAAACAAGAAUAAGCUAAGUAAAAAGACAGAAUAUCCAAGCUUUAUAGUGCAGGCUCCAAUAGUCUGCUGGGAUGUUAUGGUGAGCAUUAAUACUUUUUUCCUAUUAAAAAGUAUUUUGUGAACACCACAAGAAAAUUGUAUUGUAAUUUUAAAAUUAAUUUAUGCUCACAAACAGUACUCCUCCUUUCCCCUCAAAGAACAACUGCAGUAAAGAUAAUGCUUCAAGUAAAGUUCCCCAUACCUUCCCCUCAAUCUUAUCAAGAGGAGCAACUUCCAGGGUUGAGAAGAUAAUUUUGUUUCCCGAGACAACACAAAGAUGCCAGUUUUAAUGGUGAUUUUUCGAUGUGGACACUGUUACACGAGGAAGCAAAGAGACACUGCCAGACAUUUCCUUAGCUUUAACUUUUCAGUCUUAUUCACAUCACCCAUUUUUGUGGCUGGUAGAAGUCUCAGAAGCGAUCCUCCUAAUGUCUGCCCCUCCUAAUUUUACAUGUCUAUUGUUAAAAGAAGAUGCCAUCUCUAAUUCUGUAAACUCAAAAUUUAAUUCUGAAUAGAUUUGAUUAAAUUGGAAUGUUGUACAAAGAGGGAGAAAGUUGAUGGAAAGGACUUUUCUCCCUUUUUCUCUUUAUACAUAAAAUCUUUGAAGAGGGGAAAAACACAACCACCUCCUCCCCCCCAAGCUUCUGCACUUUAGCUGACUGUUGCGAGUGGGUUAGCAGCUCGUGGAAGAGCACAGUGGUUUAGACACAUGUACGAAGAGUACAGCAGUAAGUCUGAGGCCAGUCCAUAAACCAGACGUGCAAAUUCAAGGAAGAGGAGUUUUCUCUAAUUUGCAAUACACUCUAGUUUUCCAGUCUGCUGCCCAGCCCAGGCGGUACCUUCUGAUGAUUUUCAGCAGCGUGUGAUUUAAAAACAGGCCAGUAUAAGAGGGGCCAUGGAAGGGCAGCAGGACAGAUGUUACAUGCUGCUUUACGAGUAGCCCAGUUUUUCAACCAAAUCGACAGUACAGUAAAUGGCCAGAAGAAAAUCGAUAGGCCGGGGGAACAGCGCAAGAGCCCCCGGGGGAAAGCAGGGGGCGACAAGGCUAUAUUUGCCCCACGCUGAGGAAGGAGAGCGGGCGGGAACCCAGAGGCUCGGGCUCUCUGCGCCUGUGCCCGUUGGGAGGCACGUUGCUGCAGGGCCGCGCCCCAGCCCGGUUUAGCAGCGCUGCGGGGAGGUUUCGCCCUUGCCGAGAGGUCGGGCGGUGUCCCGCGCUAGGGCGGCUGCGGAGGCGCAGGGUGGCACCCGCUCUCCCGUUAGGCGGCGGUUGAAGGGGGAGGGACCCGGCUCUCACGCGGCGGGCAUCCCGCCUCAAAGGGGCGGAGCUCCGGGCACCCCGCCCCCUUCGCGGCGGCCCCGCCCGCUCUGGCCGGGUCACGGCCGGGAGCUCGGGAGGGGACGGGCCGCUGCGCUGCGACCGCUCCGCGGCACCGCCGCAAUUCCUGUCAGAAGCUCCAGACUGCCAUUAUUCUCUGAUGCCAUGCCAGCACCAACUCAACUGUUUCCAUUGAUUCGUAACUGUGAGAUUGGCAGGAUAUACAGUACAGUGUGCUACUGCCAUCACAAACAUCUUUGUUGUCUGUCACCUCAUUUGGCUCACAAUCAUUUGAGAUGUGCACCUCAAAAGAAACUUGCAACACUCUGUCCAAAAGAGAAUUUUAAUCAGUUUAUCCAUGCAAGGAGCUAUGUUUCCACACCACAGAGAUUUUACCUCACUCCUCCACAGGUCAACAGCAUUUUGAAGGCAAAUGAAUACAGCUUUAAAGUCCCAGAAUUUGAUGGCAAAAAUGUAAGUUCUAUUCUUGGCUUUGAUAGCAACCAGUUGCCUGCUAAUGCUCCAAUAGAAGACAGGAGGAGUGCGGCGACAUGCUUACAAACAAGAGGAAUGCUUCUAGGUGUAUUUGAUGGCCAUGCAGGCUGUGCUUGUGCUCAGGCUGUCAGCGAAAGACUCUUCUACUACAUUGCUGUCUCUUUGUUACCUCACGAGACUCUACUUGAAAUAGAAAAUGCAGUGGAGAGUGGCCGUGCCCUGUUGCCCAUCUUACAGUGGCACAAGCAUCCCAAUGAUUAUUUUAGUAAGGAAGCUUCCAAACUGUAUUUCAACAGUUUAAGAACUUACUGGCAGGAGCUCAUAGACCUCAACACUGGAGAGACUACUGAUGUAAAGGAGGCUUUAAUUAAUUCUUUCAAGAGGCUUGAUAAUGAUAUUUCAUUAGAAGCUCAAGUGGGAGAUCCAAACUCUUUUCUCAAUUACUUGGUACUGCGAGUGGCAUUUUCAGGAGCAACCGCCUGCGUGGCUCAUGUAGAUGGUGUUGAUUUGCAUGUUGCUAAUACUGGUGACAGCAGGGCAAUGCUUGGUGUUCAAGAAGAAGAUGGAUCUUGGUCUGCACUUGCUCUGUCCUAUGAUCAUAAUGCCCAGAAUGAAAGUGAAAUAGAACGAGUAAAACUGGAGCACCCAAAGUCUGAAGAGAAAAGUGUUGUAAAACAAGAUAGGCUGUUAGGCUUAUUGAUGCCUUUCAGAGCUUUUGGUGAUGUGAAAUUCAAAUGGAGCAUUGAACUUCAGAAGAGAGUGAUAGAAUCGGGCCCAGAUCAGUUGAAUGACAAUGAGUAUACGAAGUUUAUCCCUCCUAACUAUUACACUCCUCCAUAUCUCACAGCUGAGCCAGAGGUCAUACAUCACAAAUUAAGGCCGCAGGAUAAAUUCCUGGUGUUGGCUACAGAUGGCCUGUGGGAGACCAUGCAUAGGCAAGACGUGGUUAGAAUUGUAGGAGAGUAUCUCACUGGAGUUCAUCACCAACAGCCAAUAGCCGUUGGUGGUUAUAAGGUAACUCUGGGACAGAUGCAUGGUCUCCUAACAGAAAGGAGAGCCAGAAUCUCCUCUGUAUUUGAAGAUCAGAAUGCAGCAACUCAUCUGAUACGUCAUGCAGUGGGAAAUAAUGAGUUUGGCACUGUUGAUCAUGAGCGGCUGUCCAAGAUGCUUAGUCUUCCAGAAGAGUUGGCUAGGAUGUACAGAGAUGACAUUACAAUUAUUGUGGUGCAGUUCAACUCUCAUGUUGUAGGUGCAUGUCAAAAUGAGGAAUUCUGAAAUUUAAAUGGAUGUACAAUUUACCAAAGUUGUCAGAAGGAGUAGUCUGAUCAGAAGACAAAAAUAUACUUGGUGAACAAACCAGAGUGUCUGCUUAUUUGAAUUAAAAUGUGUGCAAGUACAUUUCUCCCUCCCUUGCCCAAAGUUUUAUUAACUGUGGAAAGUGCUAUUGAACUAACAGUCUUCCAAGAAGAUAGCCCAAGUUGGAAAGAGGGACUCGAAACAAGUUUGCACUAUUGAAUCAAUGAAUGCUGCUAGAACAAUAUUUUGGGUUUGGUAGUGGUAGGUGAGAGUGAGGGGAUAGCUAAUUCUUUAUUGAUCAUCACACUGUUUUGACUAGUCAUGAAACAAAGCCUGUAUGUAAACAUAUGUAAAUAUCUAUAUGGCUAUCUUACUAGAUAAAGAUAGGAAUCUUGUUGAAUAUCAAAAUUGAUAGGAAUGAAUUUUUGUCUGCAAAGUAGAUAUGGUUAUUCUGCAUGUAUGUGUGGUGUUUUGACCUUUUAUAUUUUUUUCUCCCUAGGGAAAGAAAGAUGCUGUAAGUAGUAGGAAACUGACUUGAUAAACGCUAUCCUUGAGUUUUUUCCCCAAUUUUGCUUAGACAAUGUCAUUCUUCACUUAACAUUCUAGGCAACUAUAUAUGUAUUUUUAACUUUCAAAUGCAACUCUUUAAGCCAUAAUCAACCAGCUCUUAAGAUAACUGGGCUAAGCAUAUUGGGAUCUCAUAGUAACUUAUAAAAAUGCAGUUUUAAAUUCCCUCAUGCUGAUAGUCUUCUGCCUUUUGGGGGGGGAUUUUUUGCACAACUUUAAGGGCAAUAAUAUCUUUCUGCCAUCACUGAAAAAUCAACUGCAUAAGAAAAUUCCAUUAUGGAAGACUUCAGCUUGCAGUAUGAAACCAUAACUCUGCCUUUUUUGCAAAAUAUGGAAGUAUUUUCAGUCAGAACUGUGAUGCCUGUUCAAAAGGUCACAUCCUUGGCAGGCAAUACUACUGUCUGGUACCAAAAAUCGCCUCUAAUCACAUGAUGAAUUCUAAUAUGAACUUCUGAAGAGACUAGAAAAUCACUGUUGGCUAUUUGGUGGCUUAGUAAAUUAGCACUCAUGUUAACUUCUUCUGUUGUGGUAGUUUCAGUUGGGUCACAUGUACUGGAUUACUUAAAUAUCAACAUCGGGAAAUUCACUAAUGUUUUACAUAGGCAGGUAAAUUGAAAACAUCAUAAAGAUUUAAAUAGUUUUCUCUAUUAGUACACCUAACUGGCCUGCAUGUUGUAUGCAUAACAAUAGUUGCUUUCUUGGCAUUACAGCAUCAAUUACUGUAAAUCCUUUGAAAGAACUCAAUCAGUGAAUGCAUGUUCUCUUGCAUUCACAAUUUCAUGAUAGAAGAAAGUCUCUUAAAUGGUUCUGUUAUGACUGAAUUGCAAAGUUAAAAGGAGAUUACAUGGUAUUUCAGACUAAAUUUUAUGCAACUGUAACUGCUGAACACUACUCUAAAGUAGGCAUAGAGGCCAUCAUAUCAAGUUUUCAGUCCCUCUUUAUUACCUUUUUAUAUCUAAAUAAGCAUAACCUAAAACUGAGGGCUUUCUCAACUCAAAUAGUAUCAGUGGCCCUUUAUACACUUAAAUUCUUGAAUUCAAAAACUUAUAAUUCUUGUUUUUAUUGUAGAAACUUUCUUGAUUACAUGUAUUCUCCUAGUAAGUAGUUGUGAGCUUGUUUAUAGAGGCCCUGGAGCAGUUAUAGGUCACCAUGUUCAAUAUCUUCUAUGUUGCAUUAUAAUUAUAAACAAAAAAAAAAGUCAGGAAGGUGUUUAACUCCUUUUUGGAGUUCUCCAUUAUAAUUAACUUAGUUAGAGAAUCUUCUGAGUCAAAUUUCAUAUGAUAUGUGUUGUAAAAACAUAAAGUUUCUUGUCUUGGUCGAUCAUUAAGCGACUUGAGUUUUCCAAUAAAUACUAUACUGCCAAGAAAGCCUAUCACAAACACUGAACUUGUUUAUAGUACACACUUUCAUCUUACAAAUGGUGUGCAGCCUUAACUGCCUGCAGCCUUAACAAAAUAUGUUGGUCUUCCCUCUCUGAGUAGAAGAAACUUGAUCUUUACAGCAGAGCUUGCUUCAUUUCCUCCCUUCUCCCGCUACUCCUCCUGUCCCCCCCGUCUCCCCACAGCAAAUUGAGGAUGUUGUCUGGAUGUUCAUAUUUUUGGAAUGUGAAUGGCAAACUGGCCCUUUGGGGAGGAGGGAACAAACUAUAAUGCUGUCCUAAACAAGUGUUGGUUGUUAGUCAUCAUUGGCUUUGUAUGUUGCAUAUUAAUGACUAAAUGUCAUUAGAUAGGUCAAUGUGUUCUUUUGGCCUCUAUUAUGCUGUCUUUCAUUCACUUACAAAAUGUAUUUAAGCUGUUACAUUAUUUAGACUUUGUUACACUUUUCUACUGUUUAAAUAUUUCAAUGUAUGUAUUAUGUUUGUGUGGCUCUCACUAUGGGUUUGGUACAAGUCAUAACUGGUUAAACCUAACACGAUCCUCUAUGUACAGCAUUCACUUAUAAAAAGCUUGUUUUCUUUCAUACAAAAGAUGCACAUAUACAGGAUCAAAUGAACCAGUAUUUAUGUAUGGGCUGGAGACUUACUCAAAAUGUAUGCAGUGAACUGAAGCAGUAUAACUACUUAUUAAAUGCCAUGUGACAUAAUCUACAACAGUCUUCUAAUAGACUUCAAUAAAAAGAUCAGUUAUACAGACA